UUUAGUGACACCGAAUGAACAACCUAUGUUUAUUGAUCAUAAUACUAGAAUUCGAAGUGCAGUAAAAUUUAAAUUUGUUUAGCACUAUUCACGAUCACUAUGUCACUUUAUGAGAAUUUGAGUAUUGAAGAUCAAAAGGCUUUUGUAGUUGAUAUUGGAGCUGCUUAUGUAAAGUAAGUAGUUUAUUAGUAAGCAGUUCAGUCUCUAAGGCAGUUGUAAGCACCUCCUAAAUCUGAUAUAACUACUAUACUAUGUAUAAUAAUUAUAAUAUAGGCUAAUAUAGGUAAUCCCUUAUUAUUUUAUACCAAUAAUAUACAUUAUAAACAGUAGGCCUAUACGCUCAGUAGUAGCCUUAAAUACAUCAUACUUGUAUAGUCCUGGCUAAAUAAUAAUAAUAAUAUAAUUUAAAUAUUAUAAUAAAUACACUACACUUUCACUGCUAUACUAUACUUAAUACUAGGAUCUAAGAGUCUAAGUCUAAGACUAUUACUAUUAUACUACUGUGUGAUAAUUGCUAGGACUAGGAGUGAUUAGUCCUACACUAGUACAGUUGAGUGCAGACAGUGCGUCAGUGAUAGAUACAAGUUGAGUCAAUGACUUGAACUUGAAUGAUUGAAUGACUAAAAGUUGAAUGACUAAAAGAAGUCAAAUGUGAUACCUAUGAAACUUAAAAUUAUAUACUAGCCCUCAGUCUAUCCUAUUCACUCAUUUGAUUCAUCAAUCCCUGAGUCACAGAUCAACAGACCUGGUUACUAGCAUGAUUUUGAUGUACAAUAUAUGAUUUUGAUAUGUAUUUUACAAUUAUACGCUGACACCCAUCAGAACUACAAUUAAGAGACUGGGCUGAAAAAAUAUAUUCUGGUACCAGUAGUUUUAAUGAUUAAAAAAAUUGUUUGUUGUUAGUUUUAGCUCCUUGGAUAAAUCAAACAAUACGAUUGGUUGGGGACCAUUCAUAAUUAUAUUAUAUUAUUAUGUAGUCAGGGAGAGAGGAAGGGGCGAGGUGGUCAUAUUGACUAAGGCUUAGGAGCUUACGCUUGUAAAUGGUGGAAUGUAGGGGUAGGUGUCUAUAUAUUUUUAAGGACUAUAAAAUAAAACAACUUGUUUCAUAAUGAUGUUGAUGAUUAUCAUAUCAUUGCUGUGUGUAUCCACAAUGAAGUCACUAGAUACAGCAAUACUAAUACUUUGCGUUGUCACUCUAGCAGACCUGUUUACCCUCAAACUCUUAAAAUCAUACAAUAUAAUCACAAAAUUGUUCAAUACAUUAUCUUAAUAGUAAAAAAAUAAACAUAAGUAUAUAUAAUGUAUAUACCGCAAAAUCAUACAUUGUAUGCCGAAAUUUUAAAAGUAAACAGAUCUGCCCUAGACAAAAAUUUAGUCAACCUUUGCUUCAGUGCUGUAUGAAUUAAUUUUGCGCCAUAAUUAGUUCAAUCUUUGGCUGAAUCACCGCAAUUUAAAAAAAUGGUAAAAAAUAUGUCUUUUUAAAGAAAAAAAAAAGCAUUUUCUCAACUGCUAUGCACAACAAUGUUAGAGUUUGAUAUAUUUUAUAAGAUCUUGUAAGCUGCAUUAGACAUCUAGUAUUAGAACUCAUUAAGCAGCUGCACAAUAUUAAUACCCCAGUUUUGUUCCAGCAUUCCUCUUCCCUUCUACUUAUACAGCUUGCCGUUGUUAUUUGACUAUAAUUAGUAUAAUAAUAUGUUGAAGGAAAAUAAAAUCAUGCUCAUACUCGUAGGCUUAAUACAAGGAUGGCCAGAAUACAUGUGAUAUGCCACAUUAAAUACAGUGGCUUGCUGGAUGUAUCACAAACUAACUUUUUUCUUCAUUCAGUUAGCUAUUAUGUUCAUCCUUGAUAUAAACGCACAUGGUACAUAAUUUUUUGGACUGAUUUAAAAAAAAUAGUUUAAAUGUAAGUAAUUUCAAAUAUUAAAUAAAAAUUAUAAAUCAUUUUAAUAUUAAGUAGGGGUACAUAUUAAAAUUAAAGGAUUUGUAUAAACACAGCAAGGAAAACUGGAGCCUGAUUUUCCACAUGCAUUUCUUCAGUUGUUCUCAGAUUAAGUCUAGAAUGAUGCAAAACUAUAUUCAGAAAAGUGCAUCCCUGCAUUUUGAAUUUUAAAAAAAAUUUUCUGGGGUGUCGACUCAGCCCCCAGACCCCAAAACCCCACCCACACUUUUGCUCAGGUGUUUUCAGUGGGUGGCCUCGAUUUUUAACCCCCCCCCCCCAUCUUCAUCUAUAAAAAAAUUGCAGAAAAUUUUAAAAAAAAUUUUCUGGGGUGUCCACUCAGCCCCCAGACCCCAAAACCCCCCCCCCACCUUUGCCCAGGUGUUUUCAGUGGGUGGCCUCGAUUUUUAACCCCCCCCCCCCCAUCUUCAUCUAUAAAAAAAUUGCAGAUGGCGGGCACCUAUUUAUGUGCACUGAAGGACUUGAUAUAAAAAGGUCAGUCAUCUACUUUGUUAGACAUGCAUUGCGAGUAGUUAUUAUAUACAUUAAAUCGCUGUACUGUAUGUUGGUUUAUUUAGGAUUUUGAGAUGGUUUAGUACUUUUCUGAAAUGGUUUUGGGAGUUCCAGGGUAACCAGGUCUUGAUCAAUGAUUUGACACUGCAUGAUGAGUGCAUACAUUCACAGAUACCGGUAUUACUAAUUAAGGCUUAACGUACCUGUUACUGAGACACAUUAGUCACCAAAAUUAAGUCUUUUAAAUAACAUAUCAGUAAAACCUACGAAACUGUCAUAAUGUUUUAAGAUACCGGUAAUCUCUUGUUUUUGUGUGUCAAAUAGGCCUAAAGUAAAAAUGAAAUGGUUAAUUUUUUUCAUAAAAAUACAUUGUUAUUUUAAAAAAAAAGAAUAAACUUUUUGUUACCGGGUACUGGUAUUUGAUUGCCGUCUUUCUAUGCCAAAAUAACAACCAUUGUACAUCAGCAAUCCGAUCCAGCAGCUAUUUGGGCACGUGCCCUUUGACCUCUCUGCACCUGUUCUUGGUCUGCGUAUAACAUGUUGAUGCUGUUUGGUUCACUUGAUUGGUAAUUUUUAAGGCAUAAAUCAGGGAGUGCUGGGCAUUGUUAGAUAUGAUGUAUUACUGACUCAUUUGGAUGUCUGUUUAUGUGGCACAUUGGUGUAUUCUCUGGCUGCCAUUGGUUAAGGUUUGAAUUUAAGUUUUAUGUGUUCUGUACACAAGCAAAGGGUUAUGACCCGUUCAUGUCUUUGUUUGAUGCAUAUUAUUUGUGCAAGCCCUUUAUGAACAACCCCUAAUGAAAACACAAAUAUAUUAGGGUGUAGUAUAUCAGAUGCAAGUACUGCAAUCCACCGUCUUAUCAUAUUUUUUUUGGAGUGGAGGGGGAGGUGGAUUGAUGUGUUUCAUUGAAACUUUCAACACACUUCCUAUUGAGCCCAUAACCCAUCCAUUUAAACCACUUUUCAUUUUGGUGAGCUCCGAUAAUCUUUUUUUAGCAGUGUUUAGUGAUGUAGGUAUGUGUGGCUGUUUAUAAAUUAUUGGAGUGAUGUAGGUAUGUGUGGCUGUUUAUAAAUUAUUGGAGUGAUGUAGGUAUGUGUGGCUGUUUAUAAAUUAUUGGAGUGAUGUAGGUAUGUGUGGCUGUUUAUAAAUUAUUGGAGUGAUGUAGGUAUGUGUGGCUGUUUAUAAAUUAUUGGAGUGAUGUAGGUAUGUGUGGCUGUUUAUAAAUUAUUGGAGUGAUGUAGGUAUGUGUGGCUGUUUAUAAAUUAUUGGAGUGAUGUAGGUAUGUGUGGCUGUUUAUAAAUUAUUGGAGUGAUGUAGGUAUGUGUGGCUGUUUAUAAAUUAUUGGAGUGAUGUAGGUAUGUGUGGCUGUUUAUAAAUUAUUGGAGUGAUGUAGGUAUGUGUGGCUGUUUAUAAAUUAUUGGAGUGAUGUAGGUAUGUGUGGCUGUUUAUAAAUUAUUGGAGUGAUGUAGGUAUGUGUGGCUGUUUAUAAAUUAUUGGAGUGAUGUAGGUAUGUGUGGCUGUUUAUAAAUUAUUGGAGUGAUGUAGGUAUGUGUGGCUGUUUAUAAAUUAUUGGAGUGAUGUAGGUAUGUGUGGCUGUUUAUAAAUUAUUGGAGUGAUGUAGGUAUGUGUGGCUGUUUAUAAAUUAUUGGAGUGAUGUAGGUAUGUGUGGCUGUUUAUAAAUUAUUGGAGUGAUGUAGGUAUGUGUGGCUGUUUAUAAAUUAUUGGAGUGAUGUAGGUAUGUGUGGCUGUUUAUAAAUUAUUGGAGUGAUGUAGGUAUGUGUGGCUGUUUAUAAAUUAUUGGAGUGAUGUAGGUAUGUGUGGCUGUUUAUAAAUUAUUGGAGUGAUGUAGGUAUGUGUGGCUGUUUAUAAAUUAUUGGAGGCUAUCUGUUUUUCUGCUCUCCCAUUAAUCAUUUCCCUGUAUUUUUUGUUUGUCAUGGUAUCCACAUUGUAAGGUUACCUUGACUGCAUAGGUUUCAAAGAGGGUGUUUAUUUUAAGAGGUAGUGAUUGUACUGCUUUAGCUAUUGUAUUGUUAGGUCUUGGUGCCAUUUGCCACAAGUACGCCAUUUAUUUCAAUAUUAUUUGACACAAAUUUUAAACAAAUUUACCAUUUACAAAAAAAGUAAGUCCCCACUAUCUUUUGUCAUUAAUGCCAGCGUCAUUUUGAAAUGUGUGUGACAUUAGAUUAUAGGGUACUGGUAUAACAUUUGUACAUCCGGUUAUAUGUGGCACUGGCAUUACAAUGGCGUGAGAACAUGUAAAUAUAUGGAGUUGUUUUUAAUUUCAUUACAUCAUUACAUAAUCAGUUCUGUAUACCCAGGUGCGGCUUAGCAGGAGAGAAUGGCCCUACCUGUAUUAUUCCCAGCCUAAGUAAAAACUCAAGAACAGGACAGGUAAAAUUUGUGGUUAAAUUAUCCAUUUUAAUAAAAUAUAACAAUAUUUAACAGUGUACGAAUGUAUUUUUUAAUGGUCUUUCAAUAGUAUGAGUGGUAGUGAAAUGGGGAGACUUUGCCUAUAUUUUGCCUUUAUGAAUCAUUUUCAACAUGUUAACUGAUCUAAAAACGAACACAAAUUUGCUAAUGUACAGAGAGGGUACCUGCAAUUUGCUGUUAUAGUUGAAUUAAUUCAUAGUUUUAUCAGGUGAAGUUGAUAAUUUAAGGUUUUUUGAGAUUUCAGAAACCAAGGAAAAAUGGGGGAGAGGGGUGGAGGGUGGGGGACUUUCCCUUUUAAGUGGAAAAACAACACGAUGCAUGUAGAAUUUAUAAAUACAAACAAACAACUCAUUUUUUUCCCCUGUAUUUACUGUUUGAUCGUAAUAUUUUAUUGCAAUGAAAGGUUGGGGGAAAAUAGUAACACCAGUUCACAUAAAAAAUGAUUUUCUGUGAUCUAUUCUUUCGAGGCAAAUCUUCGUCAUACGUUUUCGGAAUUACGCCAUCUAAUGAUAGCUUUAAUUUCUUUCCUAUUAUCUCUUAUUAUAUCUUUGUCACACAACAUCCUGAUCUCGUUUUAAAAAAUCCAAUUUACCAAGUCAUCUCGAAGAGUGUCAUCCUUGAAUUGCUUCACAGCGAUUUUGCUUUCAUCAAGAUCAGACCAUAAUAAAAAAUUUCAAUAUUUUUUAGUUGAGGUAUUCCAAAAUCUGAUAAUGGUUUCAGGUGUGUUUACUAAGUUUACUUUAAUUCUUCUGACAGAGAGCUUGCUCUCCAGUUGUUUUCUUGUGGCUACAUUAACAUUUACUAAGUUCUUCAUAGAGUUCUCAAAUCAAUGGUGUCUUUCCUUUUUAGAUGACUUCCAUAGGCCUGGUAAUAGAUUAUCUUUUACAAUUCAUCCCUAUCAUUAAGCUGAGAGUCUUCAGUAUUGUCUCUAUAGCUUUUGUUAAUAGGAAUUAUCUUGUUAAGUCAUGUCAGGAUGAUCUGGAAAAACAAAAACAGAGAGAGAUCAAUAUAAAUCAAUGUAUCAGUCCGUGGGGUGACUUUGCCCCAUGGUGUGAAAGAAAAGCGAUAAAGAUUUAUUAAACUUUAACUUAACCAACAUAAUGAACCUAUAUAUCCUUGAAAUUUGUAAAAAUUAAAUGCAUAAGGACAUAAAUUAUAAUGCCUUAAAAUGAAAGUUUAAACUCACCAACUCAGCAAAAGGCUAAAACUGGGACAGGAUGCCACGACGUUUAUUAAAUUUACCGUGAAUUAGGGUUCAGGUUAGGUUUAGGGAUACAUUUACUUAGAUUUAGUGACAGAAUUAACUGGUCUUAUCAACCUAGAUGGCGGCCAUUGGAAAAAAAACAUGGCAUCUCUUCUGUGAAUUUACCCAGCAAAAUAUCGAUGUCCAGAGUCUAAGAGCUCCAACAGUCAAAUCUUAUGGUUUGGCAAGGUAAGGAAAGCAAAACUACAAGACCACAUAAAGCAACAUGACUGCUUUCAUGAAAAUGUUACAAAAAUUAGGGGAAAGAACUCUAGAAAAUCAUGAAAAACAACUUUCUCAAUAUAAGUAUUUAAUAAGGCAAAGUCACCCCAUUUCACGGGUAGGUAUAUCAAAUUCUGAAAUGCAUUUCAAAAAUCAAUGUUAAUUAGUGAAAGUAAUAUCCAAUUCACAUUGUAGGUUGUAAAAAUAUGGGAUUACAAGAAUACAGAGGAACUUUAUGAAUAUUUGAAGGACCUUUUAUACACACUGUUGUUUAGGUAAGAUUUGCAUAUGAUAAUUUGUGUUUUUAGCUCGGUACAAAGCUUUUUCUGUCAAUUUGAUACUCAAAUAGUUAAAACACUUCAACGAUUGUGCUUGAAGACAAUCAUUGUGCUGCAAUGCGAUCAGUUAGCUUUGAUUAAAGUUUCCGUUUUUGAAACUAAAUUUCCAGACACUUGCUGCUGACCCCAAGAGACAAAAGAGUUGUUGUUAUUGAGUCUAUACUGUGUCCAUCUGACUUCAGAGACACACUUGCUCGUGUCCUCUAUAAACACUUUGAGGUUUGUGAAGCAUUUACUUAUGGAUUUGUGUUUGCAGUUCUUAUCAAACUAAAAUUAAAUGAAAUUUUACUGUUGUAUCGAUUCAGAAUUUUUGGAGGAGAAAAAAAGAUAAAAAUAAAUAUUUUUAUUUAUAAAAAACGCAAAACCAUUUCAGCUGCUGAAUGUAACUUAUAAAGCAAUGAAAGUAUUACACAUUUUUAUGUCCCGCAUCAGUUAAAAAAAAAUUAACAUGCAUAAACUUAACUAUUGGAAAGUACCGGUAAUAACAUAUAUCAAGCAAUUUUUAAAAUAAGUGUUUCUCAACCCGCGAUGCUCAGACACCAAGGGGUAGCUUGAUAUCAUCACCUGACAAAAUAUCAUGUAGUUUAUUCCAUAUGUUUUUUUGUUGAAGUACCGGUAAUAAUAGUUCAAGUUUUGCUAUCUUAAUUAAUCUAGUAUUAGAAUACAAAUAAUAAUUAUUUUUUUUUCCAGGUUGGCUGUGUUUUGUUUGCCCCAAGCCACCUGCUGUCACUGCUGACAUUGGGCACCAACAUUGGCCUAGUCAUAGAUGUAGGAUAUCAAGAAACUUUAGUGAUUCCAGUAUCCUUUUGUCUAAACACUGUUGAGGUGGGUAGGGGGGAAGUUUUUCUAUACAUUUCUAAAGAUUAGUUGCACAACUAAGAAGAAUAAAUUGAAUCACCAGCUUUGUGUUCCUGCCAUUGUCUCUUGUAGAAGCAUUAUGAUAUACCGGUAAUGAUUUUUAAAAUUAUGAUAUACCGGUAAUGAUUUUUAAAAUUAUGAUAUACCGGUAAUGAUUUUUAAAAUUAUGAUAUACCGGUAAUGAUUUUUAAAAUUAUGAUAUACCGGUAAUGAUUUUUAAAAUUAUGGUUACCGGUAAUGAUUUUUAAAAUUAUGGUUACCGGUAAUGAUUUUUAAAAUUAUGGUUACCGGUAAUGAUUUUUAAAAUUAUGGUUACCGGUAAUGAUUUUUAAAAUUAUGGUUACUGGUAAUGAUUUUUAAAAUUAUGGUUACCGGUAAUGAUUUUUAAAAUUAUAGUUACCGGUAAUGAUUUUUAAAAUUAUGGUUACUGGUAAUGAUUUUUAAAAUUAUGGUUACCGGUAAUGAUUUUUAAAAUUAUGGUUACCGGUAAUGAUUUUUAAAAUUAUGGUUACCGGUAAUGAUUUUUAAAAUUAUGGUUACUGGUAAUGAUUUUUAAAAUUAUGGUUACCGGUAAUGAUUUUUAAAAUUAUGGUUACUGGUAAUGAUUUUUAAAAUUAUGGUUACUGGUAAUGAUUUUUAAAAUUAUGGUUACCGGUAAUGAUUUUUAAAAUUAUGGUUACUGGUAAUGAUUUUUAAAAUUAUGGUUACUGGUAAUGAUUUUUAAAAUUAUGGUUACUGGUAAUGAUUUUUAAAAUUAUGGUUACUGGUAAUGAUUUUUAAAAUUAUGGUUACUGGUAAUGAUUUUUAAAAUUAUGGUUACCGGUAAUGAUUUUUAAAAUUAUGAUUACCGGUACAAAUUAAAAAUAUUUUUUAAUAAAUUUAUUUUGAAUUAGUGUGAUUCCUAAUAUUUAUAAUGUUGCUAAUUUUGGUUUUUAAUUUAUUAAAAAAAUUUCAAAAGCAAAUAUAUGAAUGUAUUCUAGCUCUCUUAAAACUUGAAAUGCCUCUUGAGACAAAAGAUUAAAAUAGCCUUAUUGAUGAAAUUUCAGCUUUUGCAAGGGGAUUUAUCCAUUCAAAUCAUCUCCAUCUCUUCUAAAAAAAAUCAGAUACACUGAUUAUAAUUAUCAAUUGAUGUCUCUUUAACUUUAAUUUUAAUGAAUGCAAAAUAAAGUUUAGUUCAAGUGGGUAAGUGCCAAGCUGAUUUGGUUUACACUUAACUUCAACUUUUGAAAGAUUUAUGAGGGAAUUCACAUCUUGAAAGGGUUGCAAUCCAUUCCACUUGCUGGCAAAGCCAUAGAGAGGUACUGUCCAUUGGCGUACACAGCUGAGUGUGUCUUUAACUUUAGCGUCUAAUGCAAUGUGUGUUAAAUACUUGUUUUAAUGUUUUAUUUUGAAGAAAUUGAUUGGAUCAUUGCAAGGGGUCGUUCAGUUCAUAAAGGACGUCUGCAAAGAUAGAGGCAGGGGGCACGAAAUGUGAAAGAUCCUGUGGACAUAGGCAAUCUAGAAUUUUGUCCUUUAGGCCUACUGUGCAGAGGCGUAGCGAGGGGGGUGCAGGGGGCGACAGAUGUCCCCGGGCGCCAGGUAGUUAGGGGCGCCAAAAUGUGCUUUGAUAUUAUUUUUUUGAUGAAAAUAAUGGGUUUGAGAGUUGAAAAAAAGAAAAAGGGGGCGCUUUAAAAUGGAUCUUGUCCCCGGGCGCGAAUCUUGUCCCCGGGCGCCAAACACCCUCGCUACGCCGCUGCUACUGUGUGUAUUCCAGCAUGUUUAAAAGUUUUAAAUUGCAGAAAUCCUCUAUGAUCUAUGGCUCAUCUAUUUGUGAAAGAAUUAUCAUCUUAAACCACAAAGAUUGUAAUAAAAACUUCAUUAGGUCUGGUUGUCUCUAUUCAAAAGAUUUAUAUUAUCAGACUUAUUUAGAAAGAAGUUUAACUCUUAGUGGCUCUUUGCUCUUAUUAUAAUAGUUAUUAUACUACCUGCCAUGGCAUUUCCGCUGUUGACACUGCCAGAUGUUGAUGUCCGCAAGGAGGUGGGGUGCUUUAAAGCCACAUGCGGGCAAGGGGGUGGAGACGAUGCUUAUUUCAUGCAGACGUCCUUUAUGAGCAACCCCUAAUGAAAACUUAAAUUAGGGUGUGGUAAAUUGUAUGCAAGCACUGCAAUCAGUCUUCUUACAUUGUUUUUGUUUUUUUUGAGGGAUGGGUCAGAUAGCGGUAAAAUGAAUGGCCACUAUUUUAUUGUCAUUUCUCAUUUUAGCCGCAUUAAAUCUCAGUUAAUGGAACAUGGCACCGUCUGCACAGCUGAUAAACAACAUCAAGCUGUGGCCAGCAUACCAGGUAAUGUAUGACCUUGAACUCGGUUCUAUAACUGCAGAUUUUUUAACACUUUUUAAAAUCGCCACUGUGCAGGGAUGAAGACGUCUCUAUCUCUUACGUCUCUACUUUCUCUUACAUCUCUACUUUCCCUUAUGUCUCUAAUGCAAUUUCCCUUCAGCUGCAGGUACAAGAAAUAUGGGCAGUUAAAAACUAAUUAGAAUUGAUAUUUUAACUAACUGUAUUUAGUUCAGUUACGGUAUACUAGUAUGUUUCUUAGAGCACUGUUACUAUUAUCCACAUUCCGCAUAAAGUCCAAGUUUGCAUACUAAUUGAACAACAAUAUUGAAUGUACCAGGUCCUGAGAAUAAGAAUGCAUUGUUUUUUGUCAAGUUUUCCAAAUCAUUUGCAGUGAGACUGUUAAGCAAAAAAAAAGAAAGGGGGUUGGGGGGGGGGGCAUUGGACAAAUAAGGGCUAAUGUAAAUGUUUGAACCCAGGGCUUUAGAAUAAAUUAUUGAAUUGACUAAUUGUAACAUCUUUUUGUAAAGUAGGUUGCUAACUAAACAAUAAGUUUCUGAAAAAGAAAAAAUUAACUCUUUGAUAUAGUUAGGUUAUGCAGCUUAUGCAAAUCAAGUACUGGAUAACAUUAUUUAAAACUUCUAAUUAUUAACUAUUGGUAUUAAUCAAUUAAUCUCUGUGUUUCAGACAUUGUUACAGAUGAAUUGUUAGAGGAUAUUAAAAGUGAGUUAUUAACUGUUACGGUUUUAAUUCUGUUUACACUUUCUUUAUCCGUUUCAUUAAACAAUAUGAUCCGCGUAUUGAUCCCAGUGAAAAAUAGUACCAUAAGAAUAAAACAACAAAAUGAAAUUAUCUGCCAACAAAUAGAUUCUUUAAGUUUUAGUUUUUAAACAAAAUAACAACUAAUUACUUCCAUAAUCCAAAAUAAUGGUUUUGAGAAAGCUAAAAUAAUGAUACAUCUAUUUCCAGUCCGUUGUUGUUUUGUAACUGAAUACACUCGUGGUCAGCAGAUUCAAGAUGUUACUAUGCGGGGUGGACAUGCAAAUAAGGUUAGACAAACUAUUCAUACAAUUAUACCAUACCAUUACUAACAUUAAUUUCACCAAUAACUGUAUGUGGUCAAUGUAGUGAUUUACUCAAAUGUAACAAUGAAAUAUUGACAAAGUUCAGUAAGACUUUUGUCCUUGUUUGUUAUAUUUACAGCUACCACCUCCACCUCCUGACACUGAUUAUCCUCUAGAUGGAAGCAGUGUGUUGAAUGUCAGUGGGAGAAUCAGGUAAGGCUGUUUCUAUUUAAUUAUCCUAUUGAUUUUCAGUAUUUUUAUUUGAAUGAUAAACUAUUAUUUAUUUAAUUUUACCUUAUUGAUGAAUUUCGUAAGAAACAUUGAUUUACAUUUUCAUCAGGGAACAUUCUUGUGAAGUUUUGUUUGAACUGGACAGUGAGGAGGCGUCUAUUGCCACAAUUGUUUUAGAUGCUCUUGUCAAGGUAAACACUUGAGUACGGUUACAAUGGAAGUUAGAAAAAAAGCCCUUUUUAAAAAAAAAAAAUAUUAAGUGAUGUAUAAAAUAUAAAAAAAUAUUACCCUUUCAGUCUUCUUCUUCUUUAUUUUGAGGGCCCACGAUCAAUGAAUUGAUCAUUCUGGCUCCUAUGUUUCAGAGGGGUUUGUGAUGUUACUGUGCAUGGGUUUCAAUGGGAUGCUUCACUGGUUGCAAGGGCGAUUCAGCAAUGGUGUUAUGAACUGGGGGUUGGAAUACAGGAGGCAAUAGACACAAAUGUGUCGAGUGUAGCCGCCUCAACUGUUGCUUUUGGAAGCUUGUUCCAGUCCCCUAUUGUCUGCGGCAGGAAUGAGGAGCUCCUGUACUUUGUUCUUGUUUUUACCAGCCGGAACUGUCUGUCCUGGCUUCGUCGCAGUCUAGGGGGAAGAUGAACAAGUUUCUGUUUGAUUCCGGAGCAGUGGACCAGCCCAUUUUUUAUCUUGUACAACAUGGUGAGCCUGGAUAGUCAUCGUCGUUCUUCCAAUGUAGACCAGCCUAGUGUUUCUAGCAUGCUGACAACACUUGAGGUGUUUCUGUAGCGGUUCAUGACAAAGCGUGCUGCCCGUCGCUGGACUGCCUCCAACCUGUCGAUGCUUUUCUGGGUAAAUGGGUCCCAGACUGUAGAAGCGUACUCUAAAAUAGGCCGGACAAAGGCUUUAUAGGCUUUUUCUUUCACGCUUGAGUUUCCGAUCUUCAGGUUGCGCCUUAGGAACCCCAGGGUCUUGUUUGCCCGGUUGCACACACUGUUAAUGUGCUCGUCCCAGCGGACCUCUCUUUGAAUGGUAACAGUCUUUACACAAAUGAACUACAAUAUAAUUCUGUUUGAUUUUUAUUAUAAAAUGGAUGUAUAUUUUACUUAUCUGUUAUUGUUAUCUUUCAAAUAAUUUUUUUUCUUCUUCAAGUAAUUAAGAGAUUUGGAUUACCCUACCUGUAUCUUUGACUUUAUAAUUUAAUUAAUAUAAACUAUAACACUACAGUACCAUUGGAUUUUUUUUUUCAUUCUUUCUCAUUAAAAUGAGUUAAUUACAGUAAUUAACAUUUAAUUUAUACUCUUGUGUAGUGUCCCAUUGACACCAGGAUAGCUCUGGCCAGCAACAUCCUGGUGAUGGGGGGAACAGCCAUGAUGCCAGGCUUCUACCAUCGGCUGCAGUUAGAACUCAGUAACCUUCUAAAGAAACCCAAGUAUGCCCAGCAGCUGGGCAUCAAGGGAUUCCGGUUCCACAAGGCUCCAGCCAAAGAAAACUACACAGCAUGGCUCGGAGGUAAACUGGUGUUGUACCACAUCUUUAUAUUUUAUUACCCGUGAGAAAACCUGACAAAGUUUUACACUUGUAUAGCUUCAGGUGGGCCCUGCGGCUGCAGGGGCCUUGGAAAUUAAAGGUCCCAAAGUAUUGUGGAUAAAAAAUUAAACUUUCAACAUUAAAUGAAAUGCCAAAAGUGCCCGAGGGGGGGAUGGGAUGAAUGGAUGAUGAACUAUCAACAUUAUGAGAUGUGGGGGGUGUGUGUGUGUGGACAGAUCAGGAAAAUGCUUUUAGUUUUUAAACGGCAAGCAUCAUUUUCUAAAGAUUUUGCUCAGCUUUAAAGCUGGUUCAUCUUUGGUAUUACAAAUAAUUGUCCCUUCUGUACAGGUGCUCUGAUAGGUGCGCUGGAAACUCUUGCAUCCAAGUCACUUUCUCGAGAUGUUUAUCUUCAAAAGGGAAAACUGCCAGAUUGGUGUUGUAUUGAUUCAGAAUUUUUGGAGGAGAAAAAAGGAUAAAAAUAAAUAUUUUUAUUUAGACAAAAAAUGUUCUAGCGAGCUUAUUUACCAAUUUGACAAAUUGGCUAUGGGGUUAGUUGCUUAAUGCAUAGUUAUCUUUGUAAUUUUUAUUAUUUUAGAUUCUGGCUACUCAUACUUGAAUCUGUUUUACAUUUCUGCUAAAGUUGCAUUCAUUAAAAUAUCAGAUAUAAUGGACUCUUGAAUUGUAUAAUUUUUUGCAUUUCAUUUCUUUUUGGUAAUGUAUCGGUCAUCAUGUGCAAUAAAUAGAACACAAAAAA